AUGAACAGGGAAGAUGACUCCAAGUGGCCGCAGAAGAACAAAGACGGUCGUCAAGAGCUCGAGAUUCGCCUAGGGAACGACCAUAUUUCGUUUGAGACGGCCAAGAUUGGGUCCCUUGUCGAUGUUACGGAAUCUGCAGACCCCGAAGGCCUCCGGGUUUUUUAUUAUCUCGUUCAAGAUCUCAAGGCUCUUGUAUUUAGCCUGAUUGCACUUCAUUUCAAGAUCAAGCCAAUUUGA